UUCUUCCCCCUUUGUGCACACUUAAUCCUGCUCUUCAGGGACAUGCCUGCUGUAGCCAAAUUAAUGAACAUGAAGGGGCACAAUGGCCUCCUCCCCUGCAGAAUGUGUAAGAUCACUGCAGUGCAUGGCCCAGAAGGGAGGGGAAGCUAUGUACCUCUCAACAGAGCUUGUUUCCCCCUCCAGGAAGGCCAGCAGCCAUCCUAUGACCCCCUCAACCUCCCCCUAUGUGAGCAUGCUUCUAUGCUUCACAAGGCUGAGCAAGUUUUGAAUGCUGCAACCAAUGCAGAGUCAAAUUGCCUUGCUAGGGACUCUGGGAUUAAGGGGGUUAGUAUCUGGAGGCAUCUGGGAAGCAUAGUAUGGCCCACCUCAUUUCCCCUUGACUUCAUGCAUCUCAUCUUCAAGAAUAUUGCCCCCCUCCUCCUUGAACUCUGGAUAGGAGAGCAUCCUCUCUGCAAGGAGGAUGCUGCAUUUGUAAUCCCUGCUCACAUUCAGUCAGCAAUCACAUCACAAGUGGGAGGGACAACCAUACCUGGAGCCUUUGGACGCCAAGUCCUCCAUCUCCUCCUCAAGCAGCAUGAGUUCACUGCAGAGGCAUGGAUGCUGUGGCUCUCCCAGCUGGCUCCUGUGGUAAUGUCAGGAAGAUUCAAAGGGAGAGCUUACUAUACUCACCUGGUAAAGUUCUCCCACUAUGUCACCCAAUGCCUGGCCUUCUCCUACCCUCCAGGCUUCAUAGGUGAACUUCGGAAAGCCUUGGCCAAAUGGGUGGUCAAAUACAAG